AUGUCAAGUAAAUUAAGUACACGUUCUCGUCGUCGUAAGCACGCAAUCUCACAACUUAAUUUAAUGGUAGUGGGUUUUAGAUCACUUGGGAAAACCUCUUUCAUUCGCAUGCUUUAUGAUACACUUUACAUACGUAAAAAUUCCAAAGAAGAAGUUGAAUUACCAGCCUCCUUAUUUCAAAGAGCCGAAACUGUGCAGGACGCAGAAGAGGCGCGUACAAAAGAAUUAUAUUCUUUCACAUUAGAUAUUGAAGAAGAAGGAGAAAAAAUUUCUUUAACGCUGGUCGAUUCGCCUGGAUUUGUAAGGGAUAAUGAACUUAGACUUGAUGUACAAGUAACAGAAGCAUUACGAUAUAUCGAAGCUCAAUUCGAUCAAACAUUAGCCGAGGUAACUAAUCAUAAUUUUGAUCGAUUGAUGAUAAUUAGUGAUUAUAGUAGUAAUCACUUUGGUAUUUAUUCAUUAAGUCAAGGUAUUAUUUAUCAAGAAACUAAAGUUAAACGCAAUCCAAAAGCACAAGACAGUCAAAUACAUGCAUGUAUUUAUUUUAUAGAUAAUGCAAAUAAUGGACUAACAGAUAAAGAUAUUAGAAUUUUAAAACGUUUAACAGCUCGAGUUAAUGUGAUACCGGUAGUUGCCAAAGCAGAUCUACUUACAACAACGCAACUACGUAAUCUUAAAAAAGCUAUCAAUCGAGAUCUUAAAACACAUCAAAUCCCUGUUUUUGAUUUUCCAGUUGACGAAGAAGAAUUAGAACCAGAUAUUGCCGAGGUGAUAGUCAAUGCACAAUCACAGAUUCCAUUUUCCUUGAUUGCACCAGAAGAUGCCGAUAUUAUAGAUCCGUCAACAGGCGAGAAGAUUCGUGGUAGGCAGUAUGCAUGGGGUAUAAUCGAUUGUCUGAAUCCAAGCCAUUGCGAUUUUGUCCUAUUAAGGAAUGUCUUAUUGUCGAGUCAUCGUAAAUUGUUCAAGGAUAUCACCCUGGAAGUCUUUUAUGAACAGUAUCGAACUGAAAGAUUGAUGGCCAGAAAGGCGAAGUUUUUACCUGGAGCUACUACAGCUUAUGACCCUGGAAUGAUUGAAAGUUCUACCACCACACCAAUUUAUUCACCAAAACGAAAACAUUCUAAAAGACGCUCCACAAAUUCAAACUCUUACAAACUAUUUGAUUCAAUUACCACAAAUGAAAUUAAUAACGGUAACAACAGUAAUACUAUUACCCUUAUUAAUAAUCAUAACAACAACAUAAAUAUAACGAAGAUGAGUUCUUCAAUACUUGCAAAUGGAGCUACAAAUAAUUUAAACAAUAAUAGUAGUAGUACAAGAGUAGAGGCUGAAUGUGUAAUACCUGCUUAUCCAUCAAAACAAGCUCCAACUAGAAAAAGAUCUUUCUCAAUACAAGAUUCCUCAUCAAUCUCUUCACUAUCGUCGCCAUUAACAAUAAGAGCUAGUAUAAAUAAUGACUUUAAUAAUCUUCUUAGCAGUAAUAACAAUAAUGUUAGAUAUGCAAUAACCAACAAUAUCGGAAAGCAAAUUCUCAAUCAAUUCAAUUAUCCUUUGACACUGACCUGGAUACAGUUUGGAUUCGUUGCAUUUUAUUGUUAUUUAUUUGGAAAUGGUCUUGGAUUCACUAAAUUAGAAUAUCCAAGUCAUCAAAUACUAAACAAGACUUUACCCUUAAGCUUAUUCUCAAUAACCGGACAUGUAUUUUCAAGUUAUGCCACAAGUAAAGUUCCUGUUAGCUUUGUACAUACUAUAAAGGCGCUUUCACCUUUAUUUACAGUGUUCUUUUAUAAGUUUGGUUUCAAAGUUAAUUACUCAUCAAAAGUUUAUAUAUCAUUAUUACCUCUUACAAUUGGAGUGAUGCUUGCCUGUUCCUCUUCUACAACUUCUAACUUUAUCGGGUUUCUUUUUGCAUUAGGCUCAACAGUUAUAUUCGUAGCUCAAAAUAUUUUUUCCAAAAAAAUUCUUUUCAAUAAUAAUUUAGUUGGCUUAAAAAGUCACAAAUUAGAUGAAUUAAACGUAUCAUUUUAUUCGAGUUUACUAGCUUUCGUAUUAAUGUAUCCUAUGUGGUUAUAUUACGAAGGUUCAACUUUAAUGUUUAAUUAUUGGUGGUUGGAGCCGUCUCUUUCCUCCUCUUCACCGUCAUCAUCAUUACCAUCAAAUGGUUGGAUAAUAAUCUUUUAUUUUUGGCUUAAUGGUUCAUCUCAUUUUGCUCAAAAUAUUUUGGCUUUGUCAAUCUUAUCAACAACCUCACCUGUAACUUAUUCAAUUGCAUCUUUGGUUAAAAGAAUAUUUGUAAUAACUGCAAGCAUUAUAUGGUUUGGUCAAAAGACUUCUCUUAUACAAGGCAUAGGAAUAACUUUAACAUUUUGGGGUUUAUACAUGUAUAAUCAAGCAAAAAAAGAUGUAGAAAGAAAAGAGAGAAAAGUACUUUAUUGUUAG